AACUCUAGAUAUCCCAAGUUGCAAUUUACGAUUAGCGUAACACCAAGGCAAUCUUUCAGUUUCAGAGCAUCCCUUCAUCUGCUGUUUCUGUAAUCGUCGAAGCCUACACCUCUUUUCUGCAAGACUGCAACUCUUGUUUAAAAAUCCAUCUAUUUUCUCUGACAAUUUGUAGUGUAAAAAUGGAAAAUUUUGAGCAAAUUGGGGAUGGAAAUGCCCUUAAUCGUCCGAAAAAGGGUGUUGCUGGCAGGGAUGCUUACAAGAAAGUGGGGGCUGAUGAGAAGAAAGCAGCCGUUCAUGAAGAAAUGACGAGAUUGAGCAGACUCCCUCAGAACAGCACAUAUGUAUCUCAUCGGACGAGGGUUUUGAAUAAAAUCCUCCAACUUUUGUCUAUUCAGAGAACCACAUCGCAGGAUGAGGAGUUGGAGUUGCUGUUUGCUGGGCUCUCCCUUGGGUGAUCAGAAGAAGUAUUUCUGGUUCUCCACAGAUUUUUUUUCAGUCAUUUAAUAGGUUUGUUAGUCAAUCGAGGGUGUGCUUGUAUCUUCUUUUUUCCAGUUGGGCUUUGUCUUAGUAACUUAAGAGGUAUUAUUUCAUUGAAUGUUAAGCCAUCUCAGAUAGAUUUUCAUCUUAUCUUUCUACUGGAGAAAAUAUGGUCAAAUUUAUUUAGUAUUGGCACAGAUUCUAACUCCCUUUUUACUAAAAGGGGUACAUAUUUGAUUAAUGCCUCGCAUAUUUUCACAUGACGCCAACUGAACUUCAUCAUCUAUUUUUGUUUUGAAAGACA